GGGGCGGGGCAGCCUCGCUGUGAAGCGGCGGCGGCGGCGGCGGCGGCGGCGGCUGUGGCAGCACAGAUGGAGGGCGGCUGCGAGGACGGCGAGGACUACGGGGCGUUCGUGGCGCUGCACGGGCCGGCGCUGCGGGCCUCCGCCAUCCCCGAGCGCUACUGGGGCCGCCUCCUGCACAAGCUGCACCGCGAGAUAUUCGAUGCUGGUGAGAUGUUUGGAAUCAUGCAAGUAGAAGAAGUUGAAGAAGAUGAAAAUGAUGAAGAAAUACAAGAAGAAUUGAAAAAGAAACCAAAUCCAGGAAACGAACUCUGUUAUAAAGUAAUUGUGACCAAUGAAAACGGACUGCAAGCAAAUGAUCCCAAUAGCAUAUUUCUCAUUGACCACGCCUGGACAUACCGAGUGGAACACGCCCGCCAGCAGCUGCUGCAGGUCCCAGGGCUGCUGCACCGAAUGGCCAACUUGAUGGGGAUUGAAUUUCAUGGGGAAAUUCCAGACGACGGCUCAGUGGAGCUCGUUUUGGGAGAAAUGUGGAAGUACAACCAGACGUACCAGCUCUCCCAGGGGACUGCAGAGGAAAAGGUUCCUGUGUGGUAUAUCAUGGAUGAAUUUGGCUCUCGAAUUCAGCACUCAGAUAACCCCAGCUUUGCCACGGCACCCUUAUUUUAUAUGCCUCAGCAGAUUGCCUACACAGUUCUCUGGCCCCUGAGAGACCUUGAAACAGGUGAGGAGGUGACCCGGGACUUCGCCUACGGAGAAGUGGACCAGCUAAUCCGGAGAUGUGUGUUGUUGCCGUGGGUUCCUGAUGACGUGUUGGAUGUCAGCUCCUCUACCCCCGAGCCAUCAGAAGAACACUACCAGGCCAUUCUAGAGGAAAACAAGGAGAAGCUUCCUAUUGCAGUAAGUCCAGCAGCUUAUCCCAGAGGUCACAUAUUUAGGGUUUACACAGAUCUCCAGCAGGUGCUAAACAACCUCACCCAUCCCCGGUUUCAGUUCACCACCGUGGAGGCCGAGGCAGACAUCUUGUACAACUUCUCCCAUUUCAAAGACUACAGGAAAUUCAGUGAAGAAAGGCCUCAUGUGAUGCUGAAUCAGUUCCCUUGUGAGAACCUCCUGACAGUGAAGGAUUGCCUUGCCUCCAUCUCCAGGCGAGUGGGGGGACCCGAAGGGCCCCAGUGGCUGCCCAGGACCUUCAACCUCCGGACGGAACUGCCCCAGUUCAUUAGCUACUUUCAGCAACGAGAAAGAAGGGGAGAAGACAAUCACUGGAUCUGUAAACCGUGGAACUUAGCUCGAAGCCUAGACACUCAUGUCACAAACAACCUCCACAACAUUAUCCGGCUCCGGGAGAGCGCCCCCAAGGUGGUCUCCAAGUACAUAGAGAGUCCUGUCUUAUUCCACCGAGAUGAUGUGGGAAUGGUCAAGUUUGACAUCCGCUACAUCGUACUGCUGCGCUCGGUCAGGCCCCUGAGACUCUACGCCUAUGAUGUGUUCUGGCUGCGAUUCUCCAAUCGGGCUUUCGCACUCAAUGAUUUGGAUGAUUACGAGAAACACUUCACUGUGAUGAACUAUGACCCAGACACGCCUCUGAAGCAGGUUCACUAUGAUGAAUUCAUUCCCCUGUUUGAGAAGCAGUACCCAGAAUACCCGUGGCAGAGUGUGCAGGCUGAGAUCUUCAAGGCCUUCACCGAGCUAUUCAAGGCCGCCACGGCCAAGCCCGCGCCCCUGGGGGUCUGUGACUACCCUUCCUCAAGAGCCGUGUACGCCAUCGAUCUCAUGCUGAAGUGGGACCACUCUCUUCCUCCUAACAGCAAGAAAGUCAUGCAGCCUCAGAUCCUUGAGGUGAACUUCAACCCGGACUGCGAGAGGGCCUGCAAGUACCACCCGAGCUUCUUCAAUGAUGUCUUCAGCGCCUUGUUCCUGGACGAGACCAAGAACUGUCACGUGACCUGCAUCGUCUAAGCUGGGGUGUCCCCCUCUCCUCCUCCUCCUCUUGCUUCCUUCUUCCUGUGCUUCAGGGUCUCUCCCUCAGGUCUGUGAGCUUUCCUUCAGGCCUGGAGACGGGAGCAUCUGUCUGUGGGGCUUUCUCUCUCCUCACUUGUUUGCAGUCACUCACUGUGGGGCUAAAAUGCUGUGUGAAGAUGGGGUAUUUGCUGGUAACCUGAGCAAGGAACUGACCACUCUCGGUCCCUUUUUGCAUCCAUUGUGCUUGGUGGGCAGGACCCCCGGGUCCCAUCGUGUGUGGAUGUUCUCUGACUGCCGGCCAACAUCAGAAGGCGCUUCAUUCCUUGAUGUCCCCCCCACCCUCCCAAGGGUAAAGCAAGUUAUGAGAACUCGUGUCCUCCCCAUGCAAGGCAAGAAGGAAGCCCUCACCAGCAGCCUCAGUAUCCCGUCCAGAAUCUUCUGAGGACCAGGACGGGCCGUUUGCCAAAGAACUCUGCUGGGCGGCUCAGAGCCCACCUUGGACGGGGCGGUGCACGGUCAGAGCUCUUGCUUCGUUCAGUGAUCUGAAGUGGCUGAUGGGACUCGUGUCCCCAUUUUACAGAUGAGGAAACUGACUGACAGCAGUGGAGGCGACUUGUUGGUGGCAGAUGAGGCUCAGAGCACAGUUCAUCUUUUCAGGCUUCAGGACGCCACAUGCUCACACGAGCACUCGUGUGUGUGUGUGUGUGUGUGUGUGUGUG